AUAGGUUCGAUGCAAAGGUAGCAGAGGGGCCGGGGGCUUUAUAAACAUCCACGUUGUUCAGUCUGCCUCGCUGCCCGUUUCAUUUCUUCUGUCUUUAUUGUUUUCCAUCAACAAGCACCAAAAAUGCCCAGCAAGAGGAAAAAGAACAAGCGUCGCAUGAGGAGGGUGCAGGCACAGAGGAGAGUGCUUGAAGAGCAGCAUGCAGCCCACCCACCGAUCAAAGCCAGCCCUGGGAUUGCAGUGAGUGCACCCCCUGCAGCAACACCAAAGAAAGCAGCUAAAACACCAGCACCACCUAAAGAAAAGAUCCCAAAGGCUGUCCCCACUGAAGUCCCCAUUGUGGAGAUCCCCAAAGUAGAACCAAAGCCAGUUGUGAAAGAACCUGUUGCAGAGCCUGUCCCUGUUGUGGUAGAGGCUCAACAAGAGGCUGUGUUGUUGGAACAGAUUCAAGCAGAAGCUGAAGUCCCUGAAGAGGUUCCAGUUGCUGAGACUCCACCAGUGGAACUCUAUGAGGUUGAAGCUGUUGUACUACAGGAGGUUGAAACUAUUGCUCCCGAAGAAGAACCACAACCUGAGGUCAAACUUCCAGCCGAGGCUCCACUGGAAGCUCCUGCUGACACUGAAGUUCAGACAUUUGACAUUACAACCGAAAAGACAGAGAUUGAACAAACGCAUGACUGUGAGCCACAGACUGAAGUGGAAGCUGAGGCCUUGAUAGAAGGAGACACCGUGACUGAGGUAGAAGUGGAGGUGGCUGCCACAGAAGAUACCGCUGUACCGGCACCAGUAACGGAAGCCUCUGAAGAACCAGUGGAAGAAGUACUCAGCAGUGACCACGUUUCUGCUGAGACAGAACCGGCUGAGACAGACGCUGCUGAGACAGAACCGGCUGAGACAGAACCGGCUGAGACACACCCUGCUGAGAUCGACCCUGCUGAGACAGACCCGGCUGAGACACACCCUGCUGAGAUCGACCCUGCUGAGACAGACCCGGCUGAGACAGACCCGGCUGAGACAGAACCGGCUGAGACAGAUGAGGUGGUUACAGAAAGUGCUCCUGAAUCAGAGGCAAACGAAGCUGUCACAGAGACACCUGAGCCUGACCAAAUGAAUGAAGCAGCUGACAGUCCUGCAGCCCCAACUGAGGAGGAAAAGGAUGACAUUAAAGUGGAAGUGUUUACUGAAGACGAAGCUCCUGAAGUCCCUGCUGAGCCUGUUACAAUCAAUGAGGAUGCUCCUGUCCAGUCUGUGGAAGUCCCAGUGGUUCCAGACGACAUCCCUGAGACUCCAAAAGAAGAGGCUGCAGCUCUGAUUACUGAAGGAAAAGAGGACGUUGCCGACACACUGGUUGAUGACUUUGUUCUCACAGAAUCUGUCUCAGCAGCAGAGGCUGCUGUUGCUGAAUCUCCUGCUGACCAGCAGGAAACUGUGGCUGCGCUUGACACACUCAGCACCCAGACACAGUCCAUGGAUGAUACUCCUGCUGAGUCAGAGCCCGCAGAGCCCGCUGCUUUACCUGCAGAGGGAAUGAUCACUGAUGCUGCCGCUGCUGCCGUUGCUGCUGUUGCUGCAGCUGCAGCUGCUGCUGAGCAGGCAGGUCUGGAUAUGCUGCCGGAGGAGCCAAAGUCAGAAAUCUGCGAUAUGCCGUGUCAGAUGCAGCUCGCCGUUGAGUCUGCGCAGCUCAGCUCAAUGGAGAUGUCAGUGGAAACAGCGUUGAAUACACACAUUGUUCCAGAGGUCUCCAUUGAGGGCUAGAGCUGCACUAAACAGCUCAGAAGAUCUUUCUUUCUUUUAUUUUUUAUUCCCCUUCGGUCAUAUGGAGGCAUUAAAGUUUUACAGGGAGUCAACCAGCUGACCUUUUCAUUUUUUAAGGCUUAGGAUAGAACCGGGAGGAAAUCGAAGGGACAUCCACACUUUGAAGUGCCUUUCCUACCCUGGUUUCUGUUCAGAACAUCAAACCAGAUGACAAGAUGCAAAAAACAAAAAAAAUAUCACAUUCAGUAAACCUGCAUAGCUGCAGAAGAAGUGCUUGAGAGAUGAUGACACAGAUGACAACACCAGACAAAUAGUGGCAUUUGCUAUUUCUUAGCAUGAUGCCAUCUCUUCAGAACAUCUGCCUCACUCAGUGCAUGUGAAUACUGUAGCGUUAAUGAAUGCACCUAAAGUUUGUAUUUAGGCCAAUGUUCAUAUGUGGCGGACAACUUCUUCUGUUAUUUUUUUUUUUGUUGUCUCAAAAUCACAGAUGUUGCUCAUUUUGGUCUUUUUUUUUUUUUUUUUUUACUAUCAAAGAAAUGAAUAUACAAGCCUCCAUUUCUGUCCAUUUCUCUGCCCUCCAGUUCUCUGUCUCAACCAAGUGCCAAAGCUAAAGUCAACAUGAUGCUACAACUUCAUACUAAAGCUAGAGUUUUAGGAUUUGCGGCCACUGCAGUCUGGAGAGUGACAGCAUUUGAGGACAUGAGCUCAGAGACCAUUUUGUGUUGCUUUUUUUUUCCACUUUCUCCUUUUGUAAUUCUUUUUGUAUGGACCAUAUGAUGCGCUACAGUUUUGUGUUUAAAGCCUGUGGUCUGGAGGGGAAAUGACCUGUUGGGCUGUCGAUGGGUGAUGUGACCUGAAAUAAAGCUGUAACUCAUCGUAA